AGAGACACACCACCAUCGGCGAUACGCUCCGUUCACGUUGCAAGGGUGAGGACUUGCUUUUCGUUCUCCACUGGUCAUUCUCUUGUUCUUCAAGAGAAUCAUCUGACUUUUGCGUUAAAUCUGAAGAACGUGUCGCGAUCGAACGAGCGUGAUCUUACUAUUAAAGACGGUGUUAUCGAGAGUUUUUGGAAAAAUAGAUAAUUGUGAGGCAAGUAGUGAGUGUCGUUUUAAAUUUCGCAAUUAUCCAUACGUAUGACAUAUGAAAUGACGAGGACGGUGACAGUAGCUACUAGUUAGUGAAGUGUCGAUGAAGUUUUAAUAGAAGAAAGUAGUUAAAUAGUUUGAUCAAAACAGUAAUUUCGUCAACAAACUAUAAAUUGUGAACAAUUGAAAUUUGUUGAGGGGAAAAAAGAAAAUGUUGCGAAGGCUAAUUACUGGAAGAAAGCUUACAAAAGAAAAUUUUGAAAAGUGAGCUACCGAAGAAGCAAAACUAGAGUAUUCAAAGAAAGCUGUUCGACAUUAUUGUUGACAUUAUUACAUUGAAUCUCGCUGUCGCUGUAUGCUACAACACGGACCAUUAUCAUUAGUGAUGAUUUAAUCACUUUAGUGACCUUGGAUGAUCUUGAACGUUUGAUCCGAUCGUGGCCAUCGUGAGCCAUCGACGGAGUUGGAAGACAAUUUUAGGAGUGGUGUUGUUCGAAAGAGUAGUGCGACGUUCGGGUACGCAGGUCUGCAGGCCAGCUCUGGGGUGCCGGGCCCGGGCGGGGUGAUGAGCUGCUCCGAUGUGAUGUAUCAAUAUUAUCCUUACCUGUACCAGACCCAUCGGCCACCGCCGCCGCAUCCGACCCAUCCUCAUGCGGCCCCGCAUAGUCACCCUCACGCCAAUCCGCAUGCGGCCCACCAUAGUCCAGCUAGGCCGGCGCCUUUCCAACCCUUUCCAGCGGCCACGACGACACAUCAGUAUGACAGGCUGAAUGUGCAUCAAAGAUCUUUGGAAGCAGCCGGUAUCGAGCUUUGCGGCGCCGGCGGAAGCGUCCCUCAAGGUCAGCCGAGCAGUGCAGGUUCCGUAGGGUCCGCGCCGAGUCCUGCAUCCCCAAGGCCAACGCCGCAACCGCGACCACCCCUUGCAACCACCACCUCGCAACCCUCGCGAACGUUGGACGACGACAGAUCGACAGACGGUGAGACGAUUAAUUGUCUCGGUUUACAGCAACGUGUGUAUCGUCACGUGAACACCUGCGUAUUAAUACACCGGCUCGCAGGCGUGGGUGCCGGCACGACCGAGGACUCCGACGAUGGCGAGAGCAGAGCGCAGUACGUUAACGCGAAUUGCGUCGUGUUUACGCAUUAUCGAGGCGACGCGGCGUCAGAAGUGGAGGAACACUUUCAAAGGGCCCUCGCUCACGAUAAAUUAAAGGAAAAUAUCUCCCCUAUGUCCAUGAGGAACUUUCCCCCUUCCUUUUGGAAUAGUCAGCAUCCCAGUGAUGUCUACGAGUACCCGACGGAUCCAUGGCAUCCGCAUUACCCGCAGUACCAUCACAGGGCCGUGCACGAAUACCAUCACCACAAUAUGGCAGCAGCAGCGAGUUACAGUGGCCUUCUGCUGGGUGGUGCACGCGGCCUCGGCCACCAUACGUCUCAUCACGCGGCGCAUCACGCGCACGCCGCGACCUACAAGGAAUGGACGUCGGCGACGCCGUCGCAAUCUCUCGUCGACGCUUCCUCGGCGCCGCCCUAUCCUCACGGUCACUACGCACCUCUCUCCGGUAAGACUCGAAUCUCAAGUUCAGGAUUCCAAGGACCUCUACUGGUUCUAGGAUCGAGCGUUGGAGAUCGGCAGCAGGCAUGCGGUUUCCUUAAAUUUAGAAGUCGAUUGAAGGACUGUAUUUCAAGUAAUAAGAAAAUUUAAUAAUACGAUCUGAUGAUGUGGAUCGUAUAGACAUGAAUGUGACAGGAACGAGGACUUUGUUAAGCAAAAAUGACGACUGAAAUAUCCGUCGUUGUCAUGUACAUAGUGUUACCUACAUAUUUUAAGGAUCUACUAUUAGCGUAAAGAUAAUAUUAGACGAAUACUUGCGCGCACUAUUACCUUUAUAGUGACUGCUGUGUCUGGCGUCGAAGAAAGGAUUGGCCGUGAAAACGCGACCGAGAAUCGUCUUCAACUGAUACAAUAGUGUAGUGCGAUUUAGACCGUCAAGGUACACCUAAA